GAAACAUCUGCGAAAAACGAUCCCGAGAGCCCCGGAUCCUCAUUCAAUCUUCUCGAGAAACAAAUGGGUAAGUGAUGUGCAACGAGACGAAAACCUCUGCACACCUUCAGACAAAAGUUGCAAAACUUCUCGUCAUCUUCCUCUGCGACCUGACCAGACCAUCGUCCUCCCAGAUAAUUCCAUGUAUUUUCUCACCAAUUAAAUAGCAUUUUCCAUUAUUCUAAUAAAUUAAUUUAAAAUAAAACCACUGCAAUUCUCCAAUUCCUUAAUAAAUCUUUCAGUCUCUCAGUCUCUCACUCUUCUAUAUUUGCUGGGUUCUUUUUUUUCCUUCCCAAAAGAAAGAAAUUCUUGGGGUCCUCAGUAAUAACAAUGCAAGCUGCUCAAUCAGUCUCCAACGGAGCUGCAGAACGUCCUCCUUCUCCUCAGUAAAUGAAGAAGCUACCGACCUGGAACCUACUGGGAGGCGGCCAGACAUAUCACUUCAGAUACCCCGAAGGCCUGUGGGUUUUGGCAGUAGCCGUAGUGGAAAGGGUUUACUGCAGUCUCAAGGUUCCUUUAAGGGCAGCUCGCUAUCAGGGGGCCUUUUCCGGGGUUUAAGCUUCAAGAAAAAAGGCAAUCAACCAGAUGGUGAGAGAAGCUCCCUCCUUAAUUCGGACCCCAGUAGAGCUCCUGAAAGUUGUACCUCUCUUCCUUUUACACCGAUAUCAAAUUUGUCCCCCUCUGUAGCUACACCCAGCUCUGCGAGGAUGUAUAAUGAAGUGCACAAGCCACAUAAAGAAACUACAACAGUUUCGAGGUCCCUUUCCAUGCCUGGACGUAAUAAAGUCAUUGUAAGAUCCGUAUCUUUUGCAACUCGAAAUGAGCAGACUCAAGCAGAACCUAGUGAUGAUCAAAUAACUCCAGUUCCAGUGGAGGCUAAUGAUGAAGAAAUUCCUGAAGAAGAAGCAGUGUGCAGGAUAUGUCUUGAUGUAUGUGAUGAACAAAAUACGCUCAAAAUGGAAUGUCUUUGCAAAGGUGCUCUUAGACUUCUACAUGAAGAGUGCGCCAUUAAGUGGUUCAGCACAAAAGGAAACAAGAAAUGUGAUGUUUGUGGUCAAGAGGUUCAGAAUUUACCUGUAACAUUGCUUCGGGUGCAGAGCACUGCUCAAAGGGGUAGUGGACAGCAGCACAACCAACAGGGUUUGCAUCCAGAAACGAUAAGUGCCUGGCAGGACUUUGUGGUAAUGGUCUUGAUUAGCACAAUAUGCUAUUUCUUCUUCCUUGAGCAGCUACUGAUUCGUGACUUGAAAACUAGAGCGAUUGUAAUUACAGCACCGUUUGCAUUUACAUUGGGUCUCUUGGCAUCCACUUUUGCCAUCAUCCUUGCAAUCAGGGAGUAUAUAUGGACAUAUGCAGCUCUGGAGUUUGCGCUUGUCGCCCUCAUCGUCCACCUGUUCUACAGCAUACUUCAUCUGAUGGCCAUUUACGCGAUAUUGCUUGCUGCGGUGUUGGGUUUCGGAUUAGCGAUGAGCCUCAACUCAUUGUACAUGAAAUAUUUCACCUGGAGGGUUCAAGUUGCACAAUCUCAAAGCUCUAGCCCUGUAUGACUGAUUCCUGGAUUUAACAGUUGCACCAUAUGACUUGUCGCUGAAGAGUCGACUGCUAAAUGUGGCAUCCUUUGUCUUUAUAUUCAUAUUUUUUUUACUUUUAAGUUUUGUAAACAAUGUCGCGCCAUUGGGGCGGGGGACCUCGAGUACAAGGGUAGAUGCUCUUGAACCACUUUGGUUCGGUUAAAGGACGUAACAUCUAUAAGUUAAAAGCAAGCACUAAAGGUUUGCUUUUA